CUUCCUUCUCUUAUAUAUAUGCUGUAAACACAGAACAGUAAUGACAAUUAUUUGACAUUUGAUUUGACAAUUCGUGCACUCAACAAAAAAGUUUUCACUACAAUUAUUACUAAAAAUGUCGAAUAUUAUUGAUGUACUAACCGAAAUGGGGUUUAGCCGUCAAAGAGCGGAACUUGCAAUUGCUGCCACGAAGGCUACCGAAGUCGAACAAGUGAUGGAGUGGUUACUGACCAAUGAAGAACCAGAACUUUCAAUUCCAGAGCGGAUAGACACCGAAACAGCUCCCGAAAACAAAGAUUCGGAAAGUGUAGAAGAAAAGGCAAAUGUGGAACCGCAAGAAAAGCAAGUGGUAGCUAGAUCAAUUAAAUGUGAUGACUGCGGUAAACUAUUCACGUCAACUUUGGAAGUAGAAUAUCACAGUACAAAAUCUGGUCAUAGUAAUUUCUCAGAGUCCACCGAGGAAAAAAAGCCGUUAACCGAGGAAGAAAAGAAAGAGCAGUUGGCAAAAAUUGAAGCUAAACUUAAACAGAGGCGCUUAGAGCGUGAGGAACGUGAAAGGGUUGAGGCAUUGGAACGAGAGAAAGGUCGUAUUCGAUCUGGUAAAGAUUUGUUAGAAGCUAAACGUAAGCACGAGGAGGCAGAAAUUAAAAAAAUGGUAGAACAAAAAAAUAGGGAGAAACAAGAAGAGAAGAUGGCGAAAGAACGUGUCAGGCAGCAAAUUGAGCAGGAUAAAAUCGCUAGGAAAUCUUUGUUUCAACAGAAGACUGAACAGCCCUUGUGUGUUCCGGUUGCACCUGCUAAACCAAUUAUAAACUAUUCUGAAGUUAAGCUUUGCAUACGAUUGACUAAUGGUAAAACGCUCACUCAAACCUUUGGGGCAAAAGAACCACUUUCGGCGGUUCGUGUAUUCAUUGAAAUGAACCGUACAGAUGAGUCCGGGCCAUUUCAACUUCGCCUUUCUUAUCCUGUUAAAAUAUUUACCACUGACGACUAUGAUAAACCGUUAGAAAUGUUAGACUUGGCACCAAGUGCUGUGCUUGUCGUUUCUAAAACGUAACAACUGUCUGAAAUGUGUUUUUAAUAAAGAAUUAUGUAAUGGA